AAUAUAUUUAAAAAUAAAAGAGGUUAAGACCUUAUCUCAAGGUCAGAUAAGGGCCUUACAUGUUUUAAGGAGGGAAGCACCAUGAUCAGACUUUAGUUUUAGGAAGGUUACCCUCAGUUCUGGGCCUUUGGGCUAAGAUCAAGUGUAGGAAGAUUACUCAGAAGAUAUGCCUUAAAAAUGUUAAAGAAAAUGAGAUGCUUGUCUUUCAUCCUUGGAGAAAGACUCACUCCCUGGUAUCUAAGGAGGGUCAGGUGUGAGGCAGGAGAGUGACACAUGAGAUAUGCAUGUUAACACUCAUGCCCCUAAAGGCCCUCACAAAGUAUAAAUGGAGAAGUAACGCGGGAGCCAGAGGGAACUUAGAGUCGAGGGUGGAAAUCAAGACCUCCACCAUGUCCUCCAUCUGCUUCAUCUGCCAUUUCUGCCGCCGGCCCCUGAUGCCGCCCCUGUCCACGGAGACCAAGGGCCUUGACCUCAGCCAACCACCUGCAGCUUUGACCUUCCCCUCAGCUCAGGGGAAGCCGGGAGACACUCCGGAGGAAGGCUCUGCCUCCAGGACGGAGACGGACCUGGAAGAGCUGCAGGGCGGUGCCUCCGGCUGGACCAUCCCUGAUGAUGGCAAGAUGUCCAGGGACGAUCCCAGCCACUUCACCCUGCUCGGGAAGCUGGCCUCGGGGAGGACCCUCAGUAGCAUCCAGAGGACCAUCGCGGGCCUUGGUGACGUCCUAUCCGGUGAAGAGCUGGGCCACCCCCUGUGCGAGGACUGCACCGACAGUCUCUUGGGGCAGCUGGAUACCCAGCUCAGAAUCGCAGGGUCUGACUGUCAGACCUACAAGCGCUGUUUGGAGACCAAGGAUGGAUUAGGUGAGGACGUGAGGGAGACGCUGGAGCAGGAGCUGAAGGUCAUGGAGCUGGAGGAAGCCAGGCUGGUCCAGGAGCUGGAGGAGGUGGAGAAGAACCGAGACAGGGCAGCUGUGGCCCUGGAGGCAGCCCAGGCAGAGACGGAGACUCUGGAGCAGCAGGAAAGGCAGUACUACAAGGACCUCGGUGAACUUCAGUGGCAGCAACAGGAACUGCAGGACGAGCUGUUGAGCUUGGAGGACCGGCUGCUGUACGCCCAGACCCAGCUGUCCAGGCUGAAGAGAACCAACGCCUUCAAGGCCGCGUUUGAGAUCUGCUGUGACGGCCCCCUGGCCAUCAUCAAUGGCUUCAGGUUGGGUUGUGUCCCCACUGUCCCGGUGAGCUGGAGGGAGAUCAAUGCAGCCUGGGGGCAGACAGCCUUGCUGCUCAUGGCCUUGUCCAACACAGUGGGUCUGCAGUUUCAGAGGUACCAGCUCAUCCCCCGCGGAGACCACUCCUACCUGAAGUCACUGACAGAGGACCCCGUGGAGCUGCCCUUGUUCUGCACCGGGGAGAAGAGCUCUCUCUUGAAUAGCAAGUUUGACCAGGCUAUGGUGGCCUUCCUGGACUGCAUGCAGCAGUUCAAUGAGGCGGCCAAGAAGGGUGAGCCAGCUCUCUACAUGCCCUACAGGAUCCACGUGGAGGAGGGCCUGAUGGAGGACCCAGGAUCCGGUGAAUUCUACUCCAUCAGAACCCACCUGAACACGGAGGAGCGGUGGACAAAGGCGCUCAAACUCAUGCUUACAAAUUUUAAGUGGAGUCUGGACUGGGUCUCCUUAAGGUAUACUCACAAAUAA